AUGUCGGCCUCAGCAUCGACAGCAGCCAACUCGACAGGCAAGAGGGGCGCCUUUAUCGUCUUUGAAGGGCUCGACCGGUCAGGCAAGACGACCCAGCUCCAAAAGCUCGUGGACAGGUUGCAACAGGAUGGUGUCGAUGCCGCGGCGUGUCGUUUCCCAGGUGUGUUAUGCCUCAAUAUGAGCUGCAGAGUUCUAGGUGGAGAAUGACAGCUUAGGCGCGACGCGUCAGACCUCAUUCUCAUCUGACCCCCACUUGCGAUCGCCCCCCACCCAGACCGGACCACCUCGACGGGCAAGAUGAUCGACUCGUACCUCGCAUCCAAAUCGGACCUCGACGAUCGAGCGGUCCACCUUCUCUUCUCUGUCAAUCGUUGGGAAAGAGCGUGGGUUAUUGCAGUUAUGUGGUCUUCUCAAAGUGUCGACAGAAUGCGAAGCUGAUAAAGUCCGAGUAAAAUCUGCCUCCUCCCGAACUCUUUCUCACAACUCAAAUCUCGCUACGCGAACAUAAGAAAGGGUAUAUUGGACAAUUUGGAACAAGGAAAGACCAUUGUGUGCGAUCGUUAUGCCUUCUCUGGGAUCGCCUUCAGCGCUGUCAAGGUCGGUCCUCGGAUGCCACAGACCUCGGUUCUGCACCCAUGCUAAUUUUCAAGCCCACCUCCAUGACUCCCCAAAGGGUCUUUCAUACGAGUGGUGUCUCUCCCCCGACGUCGGUCUCCCCGCUCCCGACCUCGUCCUCUUCUUCAACGUAUCCGCCAAAGUUCAAAAACAGCGCGGUGGAUUCGGCCAAGAACGCUACGAAACGACCGAGAUCCAAAAGAACGUUCGAGCGAUGUUUGAGAAGAUUGGGAAAGAUGUAGGGCAUAGUUGGGAGGUCGUGGAAGGUGAUCGGGGGUUGGAGGAGAUCGGAGAGGAGGUUUUGGAGAGGGCGAGGAGAGUUAUUAAGGGAGAACUGGGACCGGUUCGGGAGUUGUGGAAGGAUCGGUCGGGUAAGGCGUAG